AUGGAAAUCAUCAACGUGUGGGAAGCAAACUUACUGGAGCAGAUGGAGUCGAUCGCUGUUCUUCGCCACUCCUUCCCGAUCGUCGCCAUCGACACCGAAUUCUCUGGCUUCCUCCGCUUCACACCUCGCCGCGCCGCCGAGGCGUGUAGAUACCGCGACCUCAAGUAUAAUGUCGACAACCUCUGUAUAAUCCAGCUAGGAAUCGCCCUUUUCGACGACGCCGGCAACCACCCCGGAAUGGCAUGGCAGAUCAAUUUCUCGGACUUCGACCCCGACGUCGACCCCUGCUCGCCGGCGUCCAUCGACCUGCUGAAGAACAGCGGUAUCGAUGCCCAAAGAAACCGGCGCGAGGGUAUUUCUUCCGUUCGCUACGCCGCUCUGCUCCGGGUGAAACUGUUCAAUCACCACGGCGGUGCGUUCGUCACGUUCCACGGCUCUUUGGUCAAACUUGCCACCUCAUCCUUCUAUCUUCACAAAUUUUAUCAACAUUAA